GUUCAAGACGCGGGACUUUUGAAGAUAAACGGAACUACGCGUGUUUUUUAAUGGAUGAUGCACUUAGGGAGUUGGAAGAGGCUGCUACAGCUCAGCUGUUGGCAGUGAAGACAGAGGACAGGAGACAAGCAGAGGCGAAAAUUCUGCAGUUCCGUUCUCUCGCUGAGCCUUAUGAACUGUGUACACUUAUUUUAUCUCGUUCUACCAAUGACUGUCUACUAUAUGAAGCUGGUCGUUGCUUAUCGCAUGCAGUGGUUCGUGAAUGGAAUUCAAUUUUUGCAUCUUCAUGGGAGAAUACAGAGAACUGCAAAGCAUUACAGCUUCUUACUAUUAUAUUGGAAUGGUCACAAAACCGAGGAUUUGAGUGUGGUCCCGCAGCUCGUCAACGGAUAUUAAGUGCAGCUGGAACACUGGUUAAAAGAGCUUCAGCAGCGAAUGCUGAAAAGAUAGCUGCUGCCUGGCGUUUGUCAAAGUCUGAUGUAACUUUCCCACAGAAAUUCCGCCUAUCAUCUCGAAUUCUUACUACACCACCAGAUGAUCCGGGACCAGCGUGUUGGUUAAUGCUGAAAUUAAUCGAAUAUGUAGAAGAUUUACUUCAACCGCUUACACAAUCCGAUAUAUCUGCUGUUAAUAAUGAUCAGGAUCCUGUUCUUAAACGAGGAUUGUUAGGUUUAUUCAUCUUAUCUGCACUACUGGAUGAAUUCUCUUAUUCUGAAGACAGUGCCCAACUAAAUUUACCAUUGGAAGCGCAUAUUUUCUUACGGGCCAGAUUUCAGGAUUAUGAACUUCCUCGGCUGUUUGAAAAUUUGCUUUGUCUUGCCAAUCAACUCCUGUUGUAUUGGUCUUCAUUGGAUUGUUCACAACUCAGUAAUGGACAAAGUGAAGUUGUAUUUAGAGUUAUCAACGCUUUGGAUAUGAUUACAAGUUGGGAUUUUUUACCUCGUGAACUUGUUGGCUUUCAUGCUAGCCGAAUACGACGUACUGAUCAUGAAACUCGUUUUCGGCCUAGUUCUAAGUGGCAUCAUGUUAUGGGAUCCGAUGUGUUUCCACGGACUUUAUUACUUUUUGUUAAGUUACAUACAUGGGUUCGUGGUUCAGAUCUACUCGGUUCACGUACAUUAUCAUGCUUGGUACGCUUUUCUUCAAUGUCUGGUCCUCUUAUCGAUCCAAUCUCUUCAUCGCUGACCUGUUUAAGCAGUAACGGUAUUAUGUCAUCCUGUUUUGAUCAAAAUAAUCAAACCUUGUGCUCAUCAAGUACACUGCAUUUUCUCAUACUUAUUGAGCAUAUGAAUCGAUGGUUAAAUGAUGGAAGUACUGGAAGUGACAAUCAUCAACAAGAGAAGGAUUUGACUCAAACAUCAAUUGAACAAUUCAUUAAUCAAGCCCCGGUUGGACUACGUGAUGAAAUAAUCAAUCGGAUAGUUGGAGUUGGUUUAAUUAUUCCAAGUAUAAAAUUAGAAAAUCUAAUUCCUUAUGAAUUGCCUAUUCUAUCUGAGUUCAUACUGAAUCUAGUGUUGAAUAGUUCACGUGCAUGGGAACCAGUCGAGCGUGUCUUAUCACUGCCAAAACUUAGUUCACAGGAAGCUGUCAGCAAAGAGACAUGUCAGUCAGUAUUUCAUAUGGGAUUGAUUUGUCUAUGGAUAAUGAACAAGUUUCUUGCGAUUCUUUCUUCUCUAUUAAAACAAUGUAUGCGUCUAAUGGCAUCCAGUUCUACGGAGAUCGAUGGUGAUGGCCAGUUAGCUCAUGAAGCUGUUGAACGUCUUUUCAACUGUUGGAGUGAUCUUGUCGACUUGAUCCCUUCAUCAUUGAGUGAUAUGUCAUUUGUUGGUGGUAAACAAAAUAAUGCCGUAACCGAAUGUGAUUCAGACGAUGACUCACCUUUGCCACUGACAACUGGUCAAGUACAAAACGCUGAUCAAUUGGUUCAACAAAUGAAGAAACUUCUCCGGAUGUUAAGAAGAAGUAAUUCUAUUCGACAGUCUCAAUUAUUUCAAAUUUAUCUUGCCUCGAAAUUGGCUCAACCGGUUGGUUUACGUCGAAUGAUUAAAAAUGAUGAUAAUAAUGAAGAAAUUGAUCUUGAGUUAGAUGAAGAUGAUUUGACUGCAUCAGAAGAUAGUCUAUUUGCUGUUGGCGCAUGUGGUUUAUCAUCUGUUGAAGAAUCUGUCAAUACGCUUGUUCACUUAUUAAAUGAACGUGUUACACAAUUAAUGCUGCAUACACAAGACAGAGAAAGUGAAGCAACAGUCAAUUUGUUAGAAGAUGCUCAUUGGUUGUUAUUAAUUACAGGACAUUUCUUAGUAUCUGGUCCAGCUUCAUUGACCAGUGUACUACGAACAAAUUGUCCAUGGGAAACACAAUUUUCAAUUCCCCAGCAACUCUUAUAUCUAGGUUCUAAUGCUACUGUUGAUUUAGUGAACAGUCGUCGCCUAAUACUGAUGUCUGUUGUUCAAACUAUUGACUUGAAGAGUAAUUGGCCUCCGGAAAAUUUAUCCUAUACACAUGUUCCUUCGCUUGUGAUUUUAUUAUGCUCCCUAUUUCGUUUGCUAUGGUUACAAGUAAUGUAUUCUGUGGGAAGUGCUCAAUUAGUUGCAGACAAUUUCUGGUUAAUGACUCGUGUUGCUGUUGCAUAUUUUUGUCAACAUGUUGUCGAUCGGCAUACAUUAAACUCCAACAUUUCUCGAUCACCAAUUCUAAGUAUACUACAGUCGGAUUCAACACAACCACCAGCAGCUCAUCAAGGUUUAUUAUCAAAUCAAGAAAACAAGCAGCUAUCUGAUGGAAAAGAAAAUCUUUCACCAGAAAAUUAUUGUCAUGAUACCAAUAAAGCUUGUAUUCAAGGUCUUUUAAUGUGUGCUCGUAUAGCACUGGAUAUGUGGUCACAUGAACCUCAAGUUCUUACUGCUUUGACAAGAUUGUUAAAUGUUCUCAGUAUGCAUUCACCUGAUGCAUCAUCAACCUUAGCCUGUUCAGCAUGGUAUGAAUUAUGCACGAUUGUCUGUGGCCCUCAGGCUUCAGAACAAACAUGGCCUAAUCUACCAGCAGACAGUCUUAUCCAGUUAGUUGAAGCCUGCUUAUGUGGUAGUUGGGCAAUUGAUAAAGCUCGUCUUUCUUCAGCAUUAUCCCACAAUCAAACUUGUGAAGAAAUGGACACCUUGUUACUGCAGUUACUUCGUGAAAUUCGACAACAAGUUCUUCGUGUAGUCAAUAUUCUCUCAGCAGAUGGUGUUACAUUUGGUUCAGUUCAAAAUGCUGUGGCUAUUGAUGUAUUAGUUAAUUGUACUACAGUUCUACGAGGUGUAUCACGUGCAACAGGAACAGUGGCAUCGAGUAGUGAAUCUGUUACAGACUUGAUUUCUUUAGUUUGGAAUGGUCUUUUAGCUCCAUUCCUUUCAAGUAGUGCAAGUUAUUUAGUUUUGAAAUGUCAUAAUUAUUCCGAAGCUGUACAAGCUUUAUUCUCAUUAUUCGCUGAUGUCGCUGAUUCCUGUUUAAUAUACUUGGCUAAUCUACCAUCCUCGUCACCAUUGUCAUCAACUUCAACUGAUGAUCCCUUGUCAUCAUCAUCAUCAUUGUUGCAAGGAGAUAAAUCCAUGAAUGGCGGGAACAACGGCAAUGGUGUUGUGUGUGUAUCUAGCGCAUUUCUCAACUGGAUUGUUAUCCUGUGCAAGCAUUAUGCUAAAAACACAGAAGGUAAACUGAAUUUCGAUGCAACUGCUGAAGAUGAUCAAAUUCAAGAACUUCGCCUUCUCUUAAAUCUUUUAAAUCGUGUACUUUAUCAUGAAUUUGAAUUGAAAUUAAGCGGAGCUAUCUACGUGGUGGUAUCCGGUGGUGGUGUCAAUGAUAAGUUUCUUGUCCAACCGAAUUCUGAUAGUGCUGAAGAGGUAACUGGGAAUUCUGUGCCGACAAUUGAUGCAGCAGUAAUUGGUCUAGGGCAUUUAUUACCACUUAUCACGGAAUCUAUAUUAGCUAUCCCAGAAUUAUGUCAAGCAUUUUAUUCCCUAGCGUCGUACACAUGUGAAUUACGUGCUCAAGGUUUCGUUGGGCUUACAGAUCACCAACUUUCAUGUUUCGGACGUCUUUUACGAUUUGGAAUAUUCGGUGAGAAUAUUAUCCAUUCAUCUAGGCAAGUGAAACCUUCAUCUACAACAGUUGGAUCGUCAUCAUCAUCAGGAUUAUCCUCGUCUGCUCCAGCAGGAUGUGUAGAUAAUUUAGUGAUACAACAGUGUCUAGAGAUUGUGAUUUCAUUCACGGAUCAUUUCUUGGAGGUUAGAACGCGUACUCAACUGUGUAUGACAGAAGAAUUGCAAGCUGCUCUGCGUAUCAUCAGUAUUAUUGGUUUGGAUACACAAUUUCUCUCUGAUCUGUUCAACUUACUAACACGUGAAAGUUAUUCAGUUAGCUUGGAAGCUGCAUUUUCAUCAGCACUGCUUAAUCUAAUUCAUAUUAAUCCGACUGCCUACUCACAACUUAUUCAUCAAUGGAUUAGUGAAUGUGGCAAUCCAGUUAUCCAAUCUCGUUUAAGCGAUGCUUUUGAACAUUUAGGCGGUAGUUGUAAAACUGGUGAAGAUGAAGGCCAAGUCGACCAAUCAAAGUCUCCUGAUCACAUACUUAGUAACAAUAAUAUUAAUAAUAAUAACAAUGCCAACAAGUACAUAGCAUGUUUCACCGAGAAUAAACCAACUCGUUCAGCUAGAUCAGAUUUUCAACAACGAUUUCAUUUGUUUGUCGCUGAAAUCCGUUCAUUCAUAUGUUUUGGAUAACUCAUAUUUGUUUGUGUGUGUGUGUGUGUGUGUACAUUCUAUCAAUGAUGUUUUAUUCUCUUUCUGUAUAUGUUUGCAUGAUGUUCCAUUCCUUCCAGGGUGUUGGUUGUUAAGGUAUACCAAAAGAAAACAAGAAACACAAAUAACAAAACAACAACUAACUAACUAACUCUCUUCUUGUAACUUGCUUGCUUGCUUAACGAUUUUAAUUUGACACUCAUCUCUGCUUUGUUUGUUACUCUUCUAGAAUGGAUGAGAUUAUUUGUACAUAUUUAUUAGAUUUUUUUUAAAAAUUAUUAUUAUUAUUGUUAUAAUGAUUUUUAUUGAAAUUAAUCGUUUGCUCAGCUCAUUUCAUCUCAUCUUAUUUUGUCCCUCUAAGGAAUUACGUC